AUGGAGCUAUGGAUUAAUAACAUCUCUCUACAUGGACAAAGUGGUACCCUUGUUUACAGGCAGCUGAGGGUCUACUUAAGGACAUGCAAGUACCUCUAAUUACAGUUCUUUUGGUCUACCCUUCCAACACCAAAGUGGUGAGGUAGGUUAUCACAGUGCUUCAUCCUACCAGAGCCAAUCAGAUCAUUCCAGGUCUAGCUCUCCAUCUGAGCCUUCAACAAGUAGCAAUGGUAAUGACAGAACUCAAUCUGGAAAAGAAAAGAAAAUGUGGCUGAAAGAGGAAGUGAUCUUGAUUGAAACAUAUCUUAAAGAAAAAAGAUGAUCCAAGAAUCCAAGAGUAAGGAACAAGGACAUUUGGUCUGUUAUUUGCCUUGAAAUGUGGGAACAGGGAGAUAUCUCUUGUGGUGCAAAGUCUUGGGAGACCAAGUUCAAGAAUCUCAAAAGAUCAUAUAUUGCGUACAUUGAUCACAACAAGAAAACAGGAAGAAAUGCAGAGAAAUGUGCUUACUAUGAAGAACUUCACAACAUUUUUCAUGAUGAUGACAAUAUAACACCACCAGCUGUGUACAGCAGUAAGAAGGGUCUGGUUAAACAUCCUUAA